UUAGUGUGGCUUACAGCAAAAUUGCAUAUUAUUUUUUAGCAAGGUACCACGUUUACGACAUUUAGUAUAUAAUAAACAAUUGAUCCUUGUAGUGUACUACAAGAAUAACAACUAUGAUAUUGUAGACAAUCGCUAAUUACGGCAACAUAAACACAUAAAAGUUUUUAGAUUCCUGUUAUCUAUGCCAUUUUUAAUACAAUAUUACUGUGUUGAUUAUGUGCGUUUACCGCCAUUAAAUACGCGCGCUCGCGCUCACUUGGUCGCGGCUUACCGCGUCGCUCAGUCGCUUCGCGGCACCCAGGAAGGUAUGACGUAUUUGCUGUUACUGUGUGUCUUCGCGGAAUUGGAGUGACUUUAAAAGAUGUCUAAACGCCGUCUUGAUUGGAAAGAAUCGCUAAAACCGGAUGUUACUGUUGGCAAAAAAAGAGGAAAAAUAAACAUUUUAAAAGAUGAAACCUAUAAAAAUGAAAAUGGUAAAUUGACUCUUGUGUCUAGUAUUAAGACUAAAAAGACAAUCCACGCAAACAAAUACGAUUAAUAAAAAUAAUACCAUACAAGAAUUCACAAGUACACUCAGGUCAGAAAUUUGUACUCCUGAAAUGUCUCAUGUUGAAGAAAAAUUUCAAUUUAUGAACAAUGAUGUGGUCCCCACUAACAAUGAUACUGAUACACAAAAACAGGACAAUGAGAAUAUUGAAAUGACUCCCCGACAGUUAUCACGUAGAUUAGAUGUAGAAAAUUUAACUCCAACAUUCAGAAAACCCGACUGUUUUUUAGCAGAAACUAAAGAAGUGAUGAAAAUUAUUACACCAGUAAAAUUAUUCCCUACACCAUCCAAGACGCAUAUAAAAGAAGCCUUUAAAAUUAUUCCUCCGUACGAUUCUGAAGAAAAUGAGGAAACUAAACAUAAUUUUAGUAAUUUAAAUAACAUUACAUUAGCGUUGAAUGAACAGAAUCAUGAAGAUAAUAAUGGUGAAGGGAAAUUUUCUCUAGACUUAGACUCUAGACAAAUACACAACGAGCCUAGAUCAGAAAAUGAGGCUAGUAUACAAGAAGUUGCGCUUACGAUUACUUCAUAAAUGAAGGAGAAGGAAGGAGAAGAGUUUGUCAAAAAUAUCUUCUAAGUACUUUGGGCAUAACUCAGCGAUUCAUUCUGUACACAUUGGAAAACACAGAUGGUGGGUAUGCGAAAACCGAUGGACGUGUAUCAAAUGGUGGAUCUAAUAGAACUAACGAAAUAGUUACAGAACAUGCAAACAACUUUAUAGAAUCUUUGCCGAAAAUGCCAUCGCACUAUUGCAGGAAAGACUCAAAACGAUUGUAUUUUCCCGAAGAAUUUAGGAACGUAUCUAACCUGUAUCGUAUAUACAAAGAUAACUGCAGGCAAAGUGAAAUAAAAGCAAUGUCUUUUCAAGUAUUUAGGACCUGGUUUAAAAAAUCUUACAAUAUCGGUUUCCACGUGCCAAAAAAAGAUAAAUGUGCCAUUUGUGUGAAUACCAAAAAUAAUGAAGAGAAAUCCGGAGAAGAAACAGAAAAAAUACAACAGCAUGCUAAUGAAAAGGAUGAAUCAUAUAAAAGAUUUAAAUGUCAUCAAAAUAUACAUAAAAAGGAUAAAAGUAUAAUUUGUGCAAGUUUUGACAUGCAAAAAGUUUUAAAUACUCCACAUGGAGAUUCAAUGAUGCUCUAUUUCAGUCGAAAAUUAUCGGUUUAUAAUUUUACGAUUUAUGAAAGCUCUACUAGAAGAGGAUACUGCAAUGUGUGGACAGAGAUAGAUGCAAACCGUGGAGCUAACGAAAUUUGUACUUGCUUAUAUAAUUACAUUAAAAAAAUUGACUCAUGUGGUUUAACAAGAACUUUGUUAUUAUAUUGCGAUUCUUGUUAUGGCCAGAACAAAAAUAAAUUUGUCCUUAGCACGAUACGUUACGCACUGUCUCAAUGCAAAAACAUAAAGACAAUUCAAAUUAAUUAUUUGAUUCCUGGCCAUACCUAUAUGCCGGUGGAUAGUGUUCACGCUACCAUUGAGACUAAAAUAAGAAAGUGUAUCAUUUGGGCACCAUCACAAUGGCCUACUAUAAUGGAAUUGGCACGUCUGGAUCCAGAGCCAUACAAAGUUGAAGUACUCAAUGGAAAAGAUUUCACUGGUUUUGACGAUCUUGUUAACUCUACAUUUAAUAAAAAACAAAAGCUACCAAUUUCAAAACUAAGUAUUGCUACCUUCAAGAAUCAAGAACCCAACUUGAUGUAUAUUAAAAAUUCAAUGCUACCUGACGCAGAAACCAUAACAAUUCCUUUGAGUCCAUUAAAAAAUACAAAUUGUUUGAAGGAUAUGUUAUACCCUACAGCAUUAGAAAUAUCUGCCAAAAAAUACAAGGAUUUAACGAGUCUAGUCAAUAAAAACAUAAUUCCUUCAAGGUUUGCUGCAGAAUACAAAAAUUUAAAAGUAAGCAUUAAAGCAAAGGAUUACUUAAUGGACACAGAUGAAGAAGACAUACAAGAAAUAGAUAGUGCAAAUUGAUUUAAAAAUUGUUAAACUGAUUACAUUUUGAUUUUAUGAUA